UGAAACUUCAACAACAAUUGAUUGCUAUAUCGUCAAACGGGCUCCUUACUGAGCUUAUAUUCAUCCAGCAUGGUUGCAAAUGCGGUCUCCCGAUCCGCCACGCGGUUCAUUUCAGAGCUGCGCACCGCAACUAGAGCGGCAUCCAACGCCCGACUUGCCACUCCCGCUGUGAGGCAAUUCCACCAACUAUCACAACGCACAGGCGCCUUCUCAACGGGCUCUCGAACCCGGCCUCUUGCUUCGAGAUCAUCUGCUCCCAAUUUUAACCCAGCUGGUCUGGGCGGCCGCCGAACUAUCUUCAUUCAGACUGAACCCACUCCCAAUCCUGAUGCACUGAAAUUUCUUCCUAACCACCGCGUCCUUCCUGAAGGUGUAUCUACUCCUUUCCUUGAAUAUCUUUCCCCUCGCUCGACGCUUUCUCCGCCUUAUCCUUCUCCACUUGCCGCUAGUCUCCUAAAUGUGGAAGGCGUUACAUCAAUCUUCUAUGGCUUAGAUUUUAUUACUGUGACAAAAAGCCCAGACGCCAAUUGGGCACAUGUCAAACCGGAAGUUUUCAGCCUUAUCACCGAGGCGGUUACGAAAGGGGAAGAGAUUGUCACGGUUGUCGAGGGCAGCGCCACAGAGAGCGGCCAGGAAGGGCUUGAAGCUGACUCACUUGGUUAUAAUGAAGAGGACAGUGAGGUAGUCGGCAUGAUCAAGGAGCUACUAGAGACGCGCAUUCGGCCAGCAAUCCAGGAAGAUGGUGGUGACAUUGAAUUCAGAGGCUUUGAAAAUGGGACGGUAUUGCUGAAGCUCCGGGGUGCCUGCAGAACAUGCGAUUCAAGCACUGUCACUUUGAAGAAUGGCAUUGAGAGCAUGUUGAUGCAUUAUAUUGAAGAGGUUCAGGCCGUCCAUCAGGUCCUUGAUCAAGAGGAAGAGAUUGCCAUGCAGGAAUUUGCCAAAUUUGAGGAAAAGCUCCGACAACAGAAGGGUGAUGAUGCUGUUGGCACUACGGUUGGCAAGGGCAGUCUGGACACUGUUGCAUAAAGCUACACCGAUCUUACCUUCCUUCUAUUCCUCUAAAUUUCUCUGAUGAGCACUCGCGUGUGUAUAUAGCAUAGAGGUGAAUGACAUCUCAAUGACUCGUUAUACUUAUCUUAGUGAAGCUCGUGAGUUUCCAAAUCCCGAAGCCAGGGCAUGCCUGAUUACAUUUACUGGCACAUCCGACGAAAUUGAGACCCAGGGACCUGAAGCAAAAAUCAAGCUAUGGCUUUUAAGCUCUCUGUAAUUAGGCGACAAACGCGCAUAGCCGACUGUUAAACUCAAUCUUGCCUUUAAGCCUUAAGCCUAAACUUGAUCAAGUUGACAAAGCGACCAGCUGGGGGAGUGCUAAGUUC